AUGCGGCGUAACACGUGGCUUCGCACGGCGGCGGCACACCUCCUCGCUGACGGUGAGUGUCGUCUCACACGGAUGGCUGACCACGUUGGCGUGCUUGCGCUUAACCGCCCCUCCCGCAAAAACGCGAUCGGCCAGAUACUUCUCCGCGAACUACGCGAGUGCAUCCGCAUGUGCAGCGAUCCGGCAAACGCCAUCCACUGCCUUGUGGUUGAGAGCCAAGUUGACGGUAUCUUCUGCGCCGGUUCGGACUUGAAAGAACGUCGCACAAUGUCGGUGGAGGCGUCCCGCGCGUUUGUGCAGGACCUCCGCGACACGUUUACCGCAUUUGAGGAUCUACCGAUGCCCACCAUUGCCGCGGUAGAGGGGAAUGCUCUCGGCGGUGGCUGCGAACUGGCGCUCUGCGCUGACAUGCGUGUGGCCGGAGCCGCGGCGCAGUUUGCGCUACCGGAGACGGGUCUUGCGGUUAUUCCUGGCGCCGGCGGGACGUACCGUGCCCCGCUGGCGAUGGGCCUUAGCCGCGCGCUGCAUUUUAUUUUGACUGCGGAACAGCUGACGGCCGAGCGAGCGCUGCAGCUUGGCCUCGUCAACGAGGUCGCGCCCAACGGUGAGGCGUUCGCGGCGGCGUUAGAGCUGGCACGACGUAUUGCCCGCAACGGGCCGGUGGCGUUGGCGGCAGCGAAGGCGGCGGUGCGUGGUGGGUAUGGGCGGCCGCGUGACGAGGCCAUGGCGUGCGAAACUGCGCAGUACGAGGUGGUGCUGGCGACGGAGGACCGUCUGGAGGGUCUGCGGGCAUUUGCGGAGAAGCGGCCGCCGAGGUACGUGGGGAAGUGA